GCAUCUAUAGUCAUAAACAUGUCGAUCGGGACGAUCUCGGGAAGAUGUCCACCUUCAUUGUGCGUCCGGCCGGUGCGGACAAAGAUCCCUUUAGAAUCGGGUUGACCGCCGUCUCGAUGCUCUCGCUGAAGCUGAAGUCCGGGGACAUCUGUGAACUCAGAGGCGCGGACGACACCACCGGCAAGAGAAAACUCGCCGUAGCCUGGCAGGGGCUGGGGCCUGGGAUGAAAGACUCGAUCGUGCAGACGUCCAGACUGCUCCAAGAGGCCUACGGGUUGAAACUGGGCGACAAGGUCACGAUUUUGCGCUGGUCGCAUCCUCUGCAGAACCCCGUCUCCGUCACGCUCCAGAAGGUCGGAGCGCCGCCGGAUGUCAACGCCGACUUGAAGUCCUGGUCGAAGCAGAUUGCCUCGACCAUGUCCCCUGCGGGGGAAUACAUGGUCGUGUCCCAGAAGCUACACUGUCCGCUCAAGUCCGAAGGGGCCGAACCAGUCGAGUUUGUGGUGAAGGACGUGGGUGUGCCCGACUCGUUGUUUGCGCGUGUGACGAAGGACACGACGUUUCGCAUUGUCAGCGGUUCCGAGAGACCGGACCAGCCCGUGUCCAUCGUCUUUCGACCGAAGCACCUCGGUGGGAUACAGGAGCAAAUUUCUCAGGUGCAGGACAUCGUCAGCGAUCUCUGCUACCCGAUCGCCAAACGGCAUUUUCAAGCAUACGAACCGGUGCAGGGGCUUCUUCUCUAUGGCGCCAAAGGCACAGGCAAAUCUGCACUGAUUGCUGCUUUGGCCGAUUGCGAAUGGCCAACGGUGGUAUAUUGGAAACCAGGGACAGAAAUUUACGCUUCCUCAGAGCCGUGUUUGGUCAUUGUAAGGCCCGAAUAUCUGACUAAAAGCCCCGGCACCUCCUCAACUGUGUCCAGCGAAUUGGAGUCGAUGUUUCAGCGGAUUCAGGGCAGCCCAACCCUCGUAGUCGCCGAAGCAAGGCAUCCAAAUGACAUUGAUGAAAGGCUACGGACAGAAGGCAGAUUUGCCGCGGAGAUCGAGCUGCCGAUCCCCUCGGCGCUUCAGAGGAAAGAGAUCCUGCUUGCUCUAAGAGGCAAGGACGGUGUCCCAGCGGACGACCUUCUGCAGCAAAUUUCGGAGCGGACUCAUGGAUACGUGGGCGUCGACCUCAGGGCUCUUCUUCGGGUGACGAUGCGCCUUGCGUCCAAGCAUCCGCCGCCUUACGGGUCAGAGGAUGGCGAAAGCAGUCAGUUGGUUGUACAAUCCGCAGAUUUUGAGAGUGCCUUGCAACAAGUCCGACCGUCUGCCCUGCAGGAGAUCUUCCUCGAGACGCCGAAUGUCCGAUGGUCUGACAUCGGCGGCCAGCACGAAGUCAAGCGCCAACUGCACAACGCCGUGGAGCGGCCGCUGAAAUUUGCGGACCGCAUGAAGAAGUUGCGCCUGCAGCCCAAGAAAGGGGUCCUUUUAUACGGCCCCCCGGGUUGCUCAAAGACGUUGCUCGUUCGGGCUCUCGCGACGGAAGCGGGUCUGAACUUCCUGGCCGUCAAAGGCGCCGAGCUGAUCUCCAUGUACGUGGGCGAGAGCGAGAGAGCCACGCGCGAGGUCUUCCGGAAAGCCCGGGCGGCCAGCCCGAGCAUCGUCUUCUUCGACGAGAUCGACGCGAUCGCCUCCCGGGGGCGGAGCGGCAGCGACCUCAACGUCCUGACCACGCUGCUCAACGAGAUGGAUGGCUUCGAGGAGCUGCGGAACGUGUUCGUGGUAGCCGCGACCAAUAAGCCGCAAAACAUCGAUCCCGCCCUGAUGCGCCCGGGAAGAUUUGACAACGUGGUGUACAUUGGCCCGCCGGAUGUAGAGGCCAGGAAGGAGAUCUUCCACAAGCGCCUCGAAGGGGUCUAUGAGAGUACAAGCGGUCUCGACGACGACGUGCGCGAAUUCGCCAGUUCGACCGAAGGGUUCUCCGGGGCCGAGAUCGUAGCCAUUUGCCAGACCGCCGGGGAGAAUGCCUUUGACGCCGACCGCGAGGUUAUCGUGUCCGAUGACAUUCGGAGAGCCAUCGAGAAGACCCCCAAGAGUAUCACAAGGGAGAUGUUGCUAGAAUUCGAGACGUGGAACGCCGCUCGGAUGCGGUAAGAGCGAAGGUGCCCGUUGAGUCUUAGAGCGUCAAACAUCGACUGUCGCUAGCGUUGAUGUGCCUGUUAGGGAAGAAAAUCAGGCAUGGCCAUUUGGUCUGCCCUUUGUCUCGAUAGCCAAAUCAUUCACCGUCUUCCAGACAAAA